UGGCUUGCCUCUGCUGCACCGCACGCGCAGCCAACUCCUUUCUCACCCUGCCUGCCCUCUCCACUCUGCAACUUGUUGCCAGCCUCCAUCCUGUCCGAACCAUCACCAAACCACCGCCUUUGACGACCUCCUCCGCAAAACCACUCCUUCGCCCUCCCUGCGAUCGAGCCGUCUUCUUUUUGCUCCUCGUCUUCUGCGCCUCUCUCUGCUCGCUCUUCUAAUUUUUCCCCUUCUUGUUCCGCCAGCCGUCCGCCGUUCUCCUCACCGCCGCCCGCUCCUUUCGUCUCCUUCUCCUCACCCACAAUGGCCUCGUCCAGCCACCACGCAAUGCCUGCGUCGAAUCAGACAGACGUCUCCCCCGAGGCAAUGCAGUCGCGCAUCCAGCAGGCGCGCCGCGAAGCCGAGACCCUCAAGGAUAGAAUUAAGAGAAAGAAGGAUGAGCUCGCCGACACUACUCUCCGUGCUGUCGCCCAACAAGCACACGAGCCAAUCCCCCGAAACCAGCUUAUGAAGGCCAAGCGAACCCUUAAGGGCCACUUAGCCAAGAUUUACGCCAUGCACUGGUCCACCGAUAGAAGACAUCUCGUUUCCGCCUCCCAGGAUGGCAAGCUCAUCAUCUGGGAUGCCUACACCACCAACAAAGUCCACGCCAUUCCCCUCCGCUCCUCGUGGGUCAUGACCUGCGCUUACGCCCCCAGCGGAAACUACGUCGCCUGCGGUGGUCUCGAUAACAUUUGCUCCAUUUAUAACCUCAACCAGCAGCACAACGGGCCUACUCGUGUCGCCCGUGAACUGUCUGGCCACGCUGGAUACCUCUCGUGCUGCCGUUUCAUCAACGACCGCAGCAUCCUUACCUCGUCUGGUGACAUGACCUGUAUCAAGUGGGACAUUGAGACUGGCCAGCGCGUUACCGAGUUUGCCGACCACCUUGGCGACGUCAUGAGCAUCAGCUUGAACCCUACCAACCAAAACACCUUCAUCUCUGGUGCCUGCGACGCUUUCGCCAAGCUCUGGGAUAUUCGCGCAGGCAAGGCUGUCCAGACCUUUGCUGGCCACGAGUCCGAUAUCAACGCCAUCCAGUUCUUCCCUGACGGCCACUCCUUUGUGACUGGUUCAGACGAUGCCUCGUGCCGACUCUUCGAUAUCCGCGCCGAUCGCGAGCUCAACCUCUACGGCUCCGAGACCAUCCUCUGCGGUAUCACCUCCGUUGCCACCUCCGUGUCUGGCCGCUUGCUGUUUGCCGGUUACGACGACUUUGAAUGCAGAGUUUGGGACGUUACCCGUGGCGAAAAGGUUGGCUCUCUCGUCGGCCACGACAACCGUGUCAGCUGUCUCGGCGUCAGCAACGACGGCAUCAGCCUGUGCACAGGUUCCUGGGACUCGUUCCUCAAGGUCUGGGCCUACUAAUCGAAUAGCUACCGCUACUGAUACUGUUGCGUGCAUGUUGAUAUUCCAUCUACGACGGACGCCAACUCGACUUCGAACCCACCCUAUCGAACUUAUCCCACCAUACCAACGACCAUUUACAUCGCCAUCGAUGCUAAAUACAGCCGCCAGCGAUGACAACGUCUCUUCUCUUUAUUUUAUCCUUUACCUUUUUGCUCUUUUUUUUUGCCGAGCGCAUCCCCGGCGUAUAUUGGAUGACGAGACAAGGCAGGGUGAUGGUGAAUGGAAUUGCCGCCAAAACUUCGGGCUUUUUCUUUUGGCCAGGGCGUUUCUCUCUGGUUCAUGACGAUGUGCCUUGUCUCAUUUGCUGAUUUCAUCUGUUUUCGUUGUUUCCUUUCCGCCAUCGACCUUUUCUUUUUCUUUUUCCUGUGUUUUUGUUUGUUGUUUGAUGUUAUGCAUCUCGCUUUUUUCUUGUUGCUGUUGUUGUGGUUGAAGGGGAAAUUCCUCGCUCCUCUUCACCUUACACAUAACUUUUUUCGAAUGACGGCCUUUUCUGCGCCUCUUACUUUGCCCAGGCUUCCGACGCGACGUGCUCGUCUCCCAACAAAACAGACGUUUACUAUGAGGGGCAUUGGGCUGCACCACGGGCGAGUUGUAUUACUUGGACGAUUUCUCUGUCUUUGAAAAUAACAAAACAUCUCUUUGUUCGAAGUAGGGGUGGAAGGAAGAUAAAGAGGGGGACCAUUGUGAUAAAAAUAUGACGAUUGGAGGUGGGGAAGAUUAAAAGGUCCUCUGAAGGAGAAAGGGCUUUGUUCGGCAUGCACCCGGCGAUGGCGGUACUGAUUUGUAGUUGCAAUUGGGCUGGGGUUGAGUGUGUUGGGAACGAGGAAGCCGAGGAAGCUUGGGUAGAAUGCGAGGGGAACGGACAGGGAGCAGUGGGCUUGCCUGUCGAGGGGAGUAGUUAUACCAAAGACGAUGUGAGGGCGUUUCUAUUAUUUAUUUGAACCCUGUUUUACCAAGAUAAUGCAAGAUAUUAUCAAGUC